CUUCGACUUGCUGAAUAUGCUGAACACCUCUGCUGAGUACACGUAAAGCAUAGCAUUCUUCCCGAGUCAAUUUUUCUCAAAAAAGAAAAAUAAAAAAAAAUCCUGAAUGAAUUAAGUCAUAUUUAAUUAAAAUCUGCGCAUAGUUUUAACAAGUUUUCUAGUAUUUAACUAAGCUAAUAUUAAAGUGCUUCACAUCAAGUCAUCAAAAGUCUGUUAGAAAAAUGCACAAAAUUAUAAUUCUAAUCCAAUAUUUAUUACUGACAACCACUUUAGUAACUUGUGAUUUUCAAGCACCUCCUUUAUCAAAUAGUUUCGGAACUAAAGAUGAAAAGCUUAAAGCUGAAAAGCAGCAAAAAUUUCCUCCUUGCAAAUCAUGUACGGUUUUUAUAGAAUCUUUUAAAAAGGGCUUAGAGAAAACAGAACGUGGCAAACAUGAAGGAGGAGAUGCACAUUGGGAAGAAAAGAAAUUAGGAAGUUAUAAGACUAGUGAAUUACGUUUAGUUGAAAUACAGGAAAUGCUAUGUACUGAUAUUGUUCGAGGUGAACAGCAAUGUCAUACAAUUGCUGAGGAGCAUGAAUCCGAGAUAGAAUAUUGGUGGAAGCAUCAAGAGGAAUUUCCAGAUUUUUUCAAAUGGUUCUGCAUUGAUACUCUUAAAGUUUGCUGUCCACCAAAUCGCUUUGGAAAAGACUGCCUAGAAUGUUCCGAUUGUUCAGGUAAUGGUGUUUGUAAAGGAAAUGGUACACGUAAAGGCAAUGGAAAAUGUAAAUGUGAUAAUGGAUAUGACGGUGUAAGAUGUGAUGCUUGUGGUUCAGGUUACUAUGAAUCAUUUAAGGAUGAAACAACAUUACUUUGCUCAGAAUGUCAUAUUGCUUGUGAAUCAUCCUGCAAAGGUGCUGGUCCACGAAACUGUCAAAAAUGUAAGACAGGAUGGUUCCAAAAGGAAAAUGAGGGAUGCUUUGACAUUAAUGAAUGCAUGGAAAAGUCUCCAUGCAAUACCAAAAGUCAUUUCUGUGUUAACAAUGAAGGAUCAUAUGCGUGCCUAGAAUGUGACAAAUCAUGCAGUGGAUGCGAAGGCGAUGGUCCAGAUAUGUGCAAAGAAUGUGCAUAUGGAUAUGAAUUACGCGACGGAAUGUGCGCUGAUCUUACAAGCGAAAAACGUGACGGCUAUGUAACAUUUACACGCUAUUGUCUAUAUCUCGGCCUAUGUAUUACUGUCUGCAUUAUCUUCCAAAAUUCGACAUGGCUUGCCGCAAUCUUUGGUCUCAUUGUUGGUCUAUACAUCUCAUUGUCGGAAUAUUGGUUGAAAAAUAAUCCAACUCCAAAACAGCCAGGACAAGAGAUUCUCGAAGCAGCGAUGGGAAUGAAUUAAAUUAAAUAAAACUUAGUAACUUGAGAUGAGAAAGAAAGUAGAAAGUGUUUUUUGAAUGAAUGAAACAAUGCUACCUAAAUGACACUAUUAAUAAUUUUUACAUCUAAUAAUUAGCUAGUUUUCAUAGAGUCUUUCCUUUCGUAUGCUAACACUAUAACCACAUCAAAUCACACACAUUAACAUUACUUUGUUAUUACUAAACUAAAUAGCUGACAUAAACCAUAUUUAUUAAUUUCUUUCUUUAUUAUUUCUGCCUGACUUCUUGCUGAUAUUAUGAAAUAAAAAUGCAAUAAAAUGCACACAAAAAGAAAUGAUUACAGCUGAUACAUCAUCAAGUGUUGAGGAUGAAACUGUUGAAAAUGAAUCGAAAAUUAGUGAUGAACUUUGAAUGUCUUUGACUGUUGAAAUUGAUUCAAUUCUUUGCCAUUUUUUAAUUAAUUUAUUUGUAUUAUAAAAAAAUCUUAAAAUUCCUUUUUUUUAACUUUAAUUGACACUUAAAAAAAGACCGAUUUUGUAAUGAAAAUAAAAAAUACCAAAG